CAGCUGUCAUAUAGUAAUUUAUAUGUUAUGUUCUCAAAGGUACCUAUGUCGUCUCAAGCAGUACGUGCGUAACAGGGCACAACCGGAAGGAUCGAUUGCAGAGGGCUACUUAUCCGAGGAGAUUCUCACAUUCUGUUCGAGAUACCUAGAUAACGUCGAGACUAGGAUCAACCGACCGACACGCGUUGACGACCGGCCGACCGAUGCUCCGCCGUGCGAGAUUGCCAAUAUGUUCCCAGAGGUUGGAAAGGCGGUCGGGGCAGCUUCAUUUUUUACUCUAACAGCAACCGAAAAGCAUCAAGCACAUCGUCAUGUACUGGUCAAUUGCAUUGCUGUAGAGAAAUUCUUGGAUGAGUACAGAGCCAUGACAAAGAGAAAACUGCGAAGUAAAACAAGGUCCCAGUCUCAGGUAGAUAGUGCUGUGCACAGAGGAUUUUCCAACUGGUUUAGACAUCAGGUAAUCUUUAAUAUCUCAGGAUCCUACUACCAUUCGAUGCCAUCUUGCCUCUAAUGGUUCAAUGCCAGGUCCCAUUUGGAAGCACCAAUCAUUCGAAUGAGUUGCAGUGGCUCGCCUGCGGUCCCCUU